GUCUUGUGACGCCACUGAUCGACGGGAUGAACUUGGUGGCAAAGGAAUUCAUUGCCGCCAAAGACCGGAGCAUCGACAAGGUGGUUCCAGGCACAGUGGUCCUCUCAGAACUAGCAGGUGCUGCACAGGAGCUUUUUGACGCCAUCGUAGUGAAUCCGUAUGAUGACGACGCUGUUGCCGACGCCAUCGCAAUUGGUCUUGAGCUCACGCGCGGCAACCGCCUGGGAGAGGAUCAGCGAUGGGAGGUGACGGAGCGAAUGCGGCAGGCCAUCAUUGAAAAUGACUCUGCUGCCUGGGGUCGAAGUAUGCUUGCGGAGCUGGAGAACCCUUCUAAAGGUACGCGCAUUGCUCGACCUGAGAGAUUGGCCAUGCAAUACUUGCAGGACCACUUCGCUGCGAAAUUCUUCGAAAGCCGGGAAGGGCUCAAAGCCCUGUUCCUGGACUAUGACGGGACACUUCGCGAGUUCGAGGCCCGGCCAGAGGAUGCAGUCCCCACAGAGCAGACGCUGCAGACCCUCCACAGCCUGGCAAA